GAUAAUAAACUAAAAAUUGGUCACAAACUGAAAAAAUUAAGAACACUACUUUUUCAAAAAUGUAGAGGCACUGUACAGCUAGAAUCUAAAUAAUACAUCUAGACACGAAACAUGUUUGGAUUAGUAUAUUUAUGAGAUGAGAUGAAAUUAACGUUGAAAAUACUAUCAAGAAAACAGAUAAUUAUUACCAGGGGCGUAAGCAGGACUUCAUUUCGGGGGAUGUGACACUGAAUAAAUUUAAAAGCUGCAUAUCUCAUAAUGGCAGGCCCAGUCUCUGCCCUUUUUUGAGCUGAAGAAAUCCAGGACCUCCUCUGAAGUCACUUUGUGAUUGUGUGUUUGUCUUUGUGCUUAGAAAGCAGAUUUAGUCCGUUCAAAAAACUUUUAGACACUGUGCGCCAUAUUAAAGGCUUUAAUUCUAAAGUUCUUAAGUCUUGAAAAACUUGUGUCAAUGUGAAUAGCUGAGGUGUUGCCAAGAUACAAAGAAGUCGAAACAUAUUUGGGACGAAAUACUUCUUACUCUUAUCAUCAUUGUCCUUUGUAUUUGUCUUUCACAAGACAUGAUUACAAUUUCAAUUUAGAAUGUCUAACUUAGACAUCUGAUCCUGCCCGGUUUGUCUCUAGUUCACAGCCAGCCUGCUUCCCUGCCAUUGCUCCACACCUCAUUACAAUGCCUCAUCGCAACUGCUCAGUUGAGAUCAACAACAACUCUGGCUGUUACACUCUUGCCAACCCAAGGGUGUUCAUUGAGAGUGGCUGCUGUGAGGUCCCUCUGCCGCCCAUGGUGGGUCCAUGCUCCGCUGCCAGUGCAUUGUUCAACAAGACCACCGGUGCUGCAACUGGCGCAGUCGGCGUCUUCACCUAUGACCUUUUCAAUGCUGACCUGAACGACUACAGCCAUGUCAUGGCUGUUAUGUUCUCUGUGCCCUAUGACCGAAACCUCUACUCCAACUGGUUUGCCGUGGGGAUAUUUGAUAGAGGCAACAAUUGUGACUACAAUCUUUAUGAUAUCAUGUAUAAUGGAAGUGAAAAUAAUUUUGUAAGAGCAAAGGCUGAUGGCUCCUGCAUUUCUUUUCAGGGCGAUUAUGUUAUUGUCAGUGCCUCCAUGUCAGACUCCGGUGAAGCUGUCCUGAGGGUGGACAUCAGUGAUACUGGCAUGUAUUGAGUAAAAAAAAAAAAAAGAUUGUACUCUUGUUAUGUAAGCCAUAUGAAAUGAUCAUAAUAAUUGUGAUAAAAUCUUUUAAAUAUGUGUGAAGCUCAA